GCUGAUUCGAUGAAAAUAAAAAAUAUAUAAAAUAUAUAAAUAUAAGUCUUAAGAUUUUGUGUCGUAAGCUCAAUUUCAUACUCCCCCAAUGGAUCCUUGCCCCUUCGUCCGUCUCAUCGCCGCCGUCAAUCUCUCCGGCGCCGCCGCUUCCGCCGGCGCCGCCGCUGGCUCCGGCGGGCCACCGUGCUACGCCAAGCUCAAAAUCAACGACUUCCCUUCCCAGACGACGGCCCUCCUCCCUCUCUCCUCCACCGGAGAUCCGCCGUCGGCGGUUUUCCAUCUCGGCCCGGAGGCCCUCCGCCGCCUCUCGGCCCGGCCAGUCGUCGCCAUCAAAAUCUCCGUCUUCGCGGGCCGCGUGGGCCGGGCCUGCGGCGUCGCGGCUGCCGGAAAACUCCUCGGCGGAGUUCAGGUCUUUGUUAAUCUCGGCGAUGCUCAGGCGAGGGGAUGCGUUUAUCACAACGGGUGGGUAAAGCUCGACGGAGGAGAGCCGGCGGCGAAGCUGCAUUUGACCGUCCGGUCUGAACCGGACCCCCGGUUCGUGUUCCAGUUCGGCGGCGAACCGGAGUGCAGCCCGGUGGUUUUCCAGAUUCAGGGGAAAAGACGGCAGCCGGUUUUUAGCUGCAAGUUCAGCGCCGACCGGAAUCACAGGUCACGAUCUGUUCCUUCAGAUUUCAUCGCCGCCGCGAACCGGACAUGGUCACGGACACUUUCCGGCGACCGGGAGCGGGCGGGGCUCGACCGGAAAGGCUGGAUGAUAAUCGUGUACGACCUCUCCGGCUCGGCGGUGGCCGCCGCAUCAAUGGUGACUCCCUUCGUCCCAUCCCCAGGCUCCGACCGCGUCUCCCGAUCCAACCCUGGCGCGUGGCUGAUACUAUCCCCGGCCGGCGCGUCGGUCGGAAGCUGGAAGCCGUGGGGCCGCCUUGAGGCGUGGCGGGAGAGCGGUCCGGUCGACGGUGUCGGGUACAAGUUCGAGCUGAUAACAGACGCCGGACUCAGCACCGGCGUUCCGAUCGCCGCAGGGACGAUGAGCGUGAAGAAGGGCGGUAAGUUCUGCAUCGAGGAGCGCCGGAGGAGAGGCGCGGCGGCGGUGAGGGUGGUGGUGCCGUACGAUCGGCGGCGGGGGUUCGUGAUGGGUUCGAGUGUGGAAGGAGAAGGGAAGACGAGCAAGCCGGUGGUGGAAGUCGGCGUGCAGCACGUGACUUGUAUUGGAGAUGCGGCGCUGUUUAUUGCGCUGUCGGCGGCAGUCGACCUGAGUAUGGACGCCUGCCGCCUCUUUUCGCAGAAGUUAAGGAAGGAGUUUUGUAGCGACGAACAAGAAUUGUUACCUUAAUUUUUGUAAUUUUUUUUUUUUAAAAAAACUUCAAUAUAUAUACGAGA